CAUAAAUACAUCCAGAACGUGAUUUGUAUACCAAUAUGUCAGCGGCCAAGAGACAAAAGCUUUCUAAGAGCAAUGCAAGCAUUGCACAGGUGCCUGUUACAGUGUAUGAUGCCCCACAUGAAUCACUCAUAAACUUCCCCUCGUCGAUCGUGAAUGGAGUCACCAAAGAAAAUGGUUUGGUAUCACUUACACUCAAGUCCGUAACAUGUGCGAAGCUUGUAGAGGACCACACAUGGAUGCACGGUGCGUUGUUCAACUCACCCGAGAAUCCUGUUAGAAUAACCGAUAAACCCAUAGACCCUGCUAGUAUGUUGGCUAGUUUGAAAGAAGAAGUUUCUCAACUCAAGGAGAAGAAAUAUAACACCACCGAUGUUUCUGAUACUAUAGACCAAUGGUCCAAGAGAUUAGACCAGUCAAUACUGAAUACUCAAGGGUUGGAACUGCUCAAAAAUGAUUUUCUUAACUCUCAUGAGAAGGAAAAUCCAAACACUUAUUUGUCAUUUUCAAACGCACAAUAUACAACCGUACCCAAGAACAAGGGAAUAACAUUUCCUAUUACUGUGGAAUCUAUCGAAGAUGUCAAGCAAAGUACAGAUAAAGAUAUAAAGGAGAGUGUGGAUGAAGAUAUAAAGGAGAGUGUGAAUGAAGAUGUAAAGGAAGUCGUCCAAGAAACAGUGGAAAACAAAGAAAUUCCUGCUAACGAUGCGGCAGCUUAAGUAGAUGUAUAUUAAUAAAAGACAAAGAACUAUCCACUAACCACUAUUUGAUUUAUCCUUCUUUUAGUAACCUAUAUUGAAAAUAUA